GGGUGCCAACAUCGACAACACCCUGCGUUACCUUUAUCCUUCUCUCAGGUAGAGAGCUCCACACCCUCGUGAGCCUCAUUACUUUCUCAAUCACCGGUCCUAGAGGAGCUCUGAACGCGGCUUGCCCGAUUACACUAGCAAUCAUGUCAUCAAAACAACAAGGAAAAAUGGUGAGUCUACUCUUUUGUCCUUAUGGCUUCUGGAGACGCCUUUGUUGACGUGGAUCUGAAGAAAAACGCUGAUUGAAUCUAGGCCAACCUCGUAUGUGACUACCUACCCUGUGGGAGAAUUGGUUCCGGAUGAUUGAAAUGUGUUUUCAUGAUACUGACGGGUGUUUAGAUCAAUUACCGUAUGCGGGUUACGAUGACGGAUGGCCGCCAACUAACGGGGACGCUUUUAGCCUUUGACAAGGUGGAUAUAAACAAACCUCGUGUACCUAUCAAUCAAGCUAACAGUAUUAUCUAGCACAUGAAUAUCGUUUUAGCAGAUACCGAAGAAUUCCGCCGCAUCAAGCGAAAACCUAAAACUACUGCUCCAGCCGCCAGCACCGCAGCUCAGAUCACCGAAGAAAAGCGCACCCUAGGUCUCAUUAUCUUGCGAGGACUUCACAUCGUUUCUUUAUCGGUUGAGUCUCCACCUCCAGCAGAUCCCUCUUCUCGUUUGGGAACGACUACCACUGGUGGCCCAUCGGCUGCUGGUGUUGCAGCCGCCGGGCCGGGUAUCAGCAGGCCCGCCGGCAGAGGGCUUCCAAUUAUUGGUAUGGGGGGUCCCCCACCUCCGGGAGGAUUGCCGCCACAAAUGGGUGGACCUACGGGCUUGCAAGGUCCUAUGAGGAAUGUUGGUCUCGGGCAGGCCCCACCUCCGAUGGGUACCGCUCCUCCACCAGGUGGAUUCCCCGGAGCCCCCCCUCCGGGCUUUCAAGGCGGAAUGCCCGGUGCGCCUCCCGGAUUCCAGCCUCCGCCAGGUUUCCAAGGUGGCAGGGGAUUUCCUCCACAUCCUCCUGGGUUUGGAAGAUAGACGGGUGGCCGCUGGUCGUCGGAGAAUGUUGGGAUCUGGGUGCUAGUCUUUGUAUUAUCUGAUGUUAAGGCUAGGGGAACAAAAUUGACAAAGGCAUUGUGUUGGGAAUUGCAGACAAAAAUGGUGCUGUAAUAUAAUCCUUUAAGCGACUUUAUUUUUUUUAUUUCUUAUGAAGUCCACGGUGAUUUGUUUCGCUUUUCAAUUUGCCAAGUAAAGCUAUUGGGUCAAAUUAUUAAGUAGGGAACAGGAUAGGGUAGCGUUGGUGCCGGGGGAGGUAUGCCAUGAUGGGAGAUUUGAUGGUCUGUACUGUACAGUAAACUGAGUAUGAUAUCUGUCCUAGCGUCUGCGGUCUCCGGGGCUUGUAACUUUUCGUAUCAUACUGAAAAACUUGGUACAAAAUUUCCCUACAUAAUGAGUACCCAGCGCAACGAGCGCUUAAAAAAUCCCUUUGGAUUACCAUUUGAAACCAUUCAACCUUAAAGAUGAGCGAAUGGGCGGAGAGAGUGCUCGCUGUGCGGGUGAGCGUCGUGCUUACUCAUGCCUCGAUUUGGGAUCACGGGACACUCCCUAUUAGUAUGAUACGCGCAAUAUCUAUGAAUCAUAGAAGAUGUGUGUGGCCUUAUUAAAGCCACAUAUCAUCGAUUUCACAAAGCACACACCGAUACUAGCACCUAAAUCCUGACUUGGGUAUGCCUGUACGGUACUCUUUACAUAGAGUGAGCCUGGCGCCAGUAUUUUACUGGUGUUGGCAUGGACCUGUCACAAAUGUUUUCCCAACCCAGCAAAAAUAAAUUCUACACAAUACCGUAGUGCCUCUUAUGAGUGAAACAUUUAAAGGUGGGUACGGUAAUUCGCUCAGAUCACGGGUAUGGCGGAUAGCCUAUAUAGACUCGUGAAGUGUGUUUCGAUAUCUUGGGUUAGGGUAACACGUUUCUCCCGGGACUGCGAAAUCUCAUGUCCGAUGUUGGUCGCUC